UCCGUGCCAUAGAGGGCGACAGAACGCCAGACAUAUAGAUGUUCAGGAGCCGUAAAAGAGAGAAGAAGCGUCUAAAAGUUAUUACCGGAAACGUUCCCAAGGCUCACGCUGUUGAGGAAACCUGCAAUUCACGGCGUCUUCAGCGGGUAAAGUAAUCGAACAUGAAGAAGCAGGACACCGAGGAGGUCGCCACAGAGGCUGCGGAGGAUUCCCCACCUGCUGCGGGAGAGAUGGAGUCGCCCCCUCCUGCAAAAGACAACUCGGACACCAACAGCUCCAAAGAGUCCGAACCACAGACACCACAGACCAACACACCUCCUCAAGGUGAAGAGGCUGAAAGUCAAGUUGCAGAGGCAGCUCUGUCUCGCUGUGAUAUGGCAGACGAGCUGAGUCGGCAGCUUGAGGACAUUCUCAGCACCUACUGUCAGGAAGCAAAGAGUCUGACAAAUCGCAAGUCAAACAGUCUGGAGCUAAACGGUCUGAGCGGCGAGAGAGAGGAGGACAAGGGAGAGGGUGGUAAAGUCAACGGAGGUGACAGUGGGACACAGAAGGACCAAAAGAAGACACAAGACAAAAAGAAAGUGAAGUGUUUGGGAAAGGAAAUCACCCUCCUCAUGCAGACACUGAACACUCUGAGCACACCGGAGGAAAAGCUUGGAGGACUCUGCAAGAAGUAUGCAGAGCUGCUGGAAGAGCAUCGCAACACGCAGAAACAAAUAAAAGCGCUUCAGAAGAAGCAGAGUCUCGUGGUCCAAGAGAAGGACAACCUGAGGAGCGAACACAGCAAGGCCAUCCUGGCUCGCAGCAAACUGGAGAGUCUGUGCAGAGAGCUGCAGAGACACAACCGCACACUCAAGGACGAAGGGGUGCAAAGAACACGCCUGGAGGAAGAGAAAAGAAAGGAGGUGACCUCUCAUUUCCAGAUGACGCUGAAUGACAUCCAGACUCAGAUGGAGCAGCACAACGAGAGAAACGCCAGCCUGCGACAGGAGAACAGCGAGCUGGCCGAGAAGCUCAAAAAGCUGUACGAGCAGUACAAACUGAGAGAGGAGCACAUAGACAAAGUGGUGAAGCACAAAGAUCUACAGCAACAGCUAGUGGAUGCAAAACUUCACCAGGCUCAGGAGCUGCUGAAGGAGUCGGAGGAGCGGCACGACAAGGAGAAAGAUUUUCUGCUGAAAGAAGCGGUGGAGUCUCAAAGGACCUGUGAGUUGAUGAAGCAGCAGGAGGUCCACCUCAAACAGCAGUUGUCACUGUACACCGAAAAGUUUGAAGAGUUUCAAACAACUUUAUCCAAAAGUAAUGAAGUCUUCACCACAUUUAAACAGGAGAUGGAGAAGAUGACCAAAAAGAUCAAAAAGCUGGAAAAAGAGACGGCUAUGUAUCGGUCCAGGUGGGAAAGCAGCAACAAGACACUUCUGGACAUGGCAGAAGAGAAAGCUGUGCGAGACAGAGAGUUUGAAGCCCUUCAGGGUAAAGUACAGCGGCUGGACAAGCUGCGGCGGGCGCUCAAAGUGGAACGGAACGAGCUCAACAAGAAGGUCCAGAACCUGAGCGGUCAGCAGGGUGGCGCCUCAGGAGCUUCGACCUCCGAUCCGGGGACAGACUCGCCUUCCCCACCACCCACGGACUCUUUGCCGGAACCCAAUGCAUGCUCCGUCUUGGACACGACCUCCUGCGCCCACUCCUGCCACUGUGGCCCAGAACUCAGCACAAAUCUUAUCCUAGAAGAGGGAAACGCUCAGCUUGUCGCGAUGCCGGAGUGAAGCAAAGCAACGCCGCUUAACGGUCUCCCGUAAAGAUCCGGUCGAUACUUUGCUUUCCGAGAAAGUCCAGAAGCAGGUCCUUCCACCGUGUCGUGCAGACAACCUGCAGUUCUAUAAUAAAAUUUUAAAUAGUUUACUGUGAAAAAAACACAACUUCAAUUUCGGUGUGAUGAAAGGCUUUUACACGCUCUGCAAUAUUCGAGGUUCAUUAAUUCUCUCUUACCACUUUGAAAUAUUGUAAAUGAAGUUGUUCUCUAGAUUAUCACACUAACUGCAACAAAUAAACAGAUACUAAAUACAAAUAUA